UCCAUUUCAUGCUUAGUCUUUGAAAAAGCCACCAAUUUAAAGUGACGUCUACUGAUAACGGAUGAACAAACGCUACGUUAUUACCUAUUGAAUACUACGAUGCCUACCUUUUUCAUUCCGAAACCAAGCCACCAAACUAAAGAAUGCGAACCCUUCGGUACUCCUCCAAAUCGCAAUAAUAAAACCAGAGUGGAAUAUAACCAUGCUCCAGAAACUUCAAGAGUUAAGAAUCGAUGUAUUAAUGGGACAGGAUCUGUAGUCUCCGAUUCUUUGUGGAACUGUGUUGAUGUGAUGCGGCUGUUCCCAAGUGAUAUUCAAUUCCACAUCUUCGAGAGAGUAUAUCGAACACAUUCAGCUGAUGUUGCACGGAGUUGUAAUCUUGUGAUGAUGAGAGAACAGGGGAACACAUUUAUUGACCCGGCUACGAGAUUUUUGCCUAUAAAUACGCUGGAAAGAGUUGUUCCCAUUGUGCUCACACCUGCUGAUGUUGCCAUGAAUCGUACUAGCUACGUGUGGUUGUUUUCGUUGUGUUGUUACAAUAAAAUUCCCGUAAUCUUUGAAUUUAUCGGGUCUACAGGUAUAGAGGAAUCCGGCUAUUUUAAGAAAUUCUUGGAACUUUUUUACCCAAUUGGAUGGUGGAAGUCCACGUUCUUUCUUCUUGGAACUUUUUUACCCAAUUGGAUGGUGGAAGUCCACGUUGGAAAGAACCUAUGAUGAAAAGUAUCUUGUGUUGUUGAACAUACAAAGAGAACUCAGACAGACGGAGGACGGUUCCAUCUAUGUUACUUUAAAGACAACUUUAGAAGUUCCCGAGGCUGAUUAUUGCUAUGUUAGUCCAAUUGUAAACCCGAGUGGCUGCCGAAAAUACUUUAACAAAAUGUGCGCUCUAAAUCGAGUAGAGAUGUCCAGCGAUUUAUUGUAUGAAAAUUUCAUGCGAGACAUACAGCAGAACCAGUUCUUUUUCCUGAACAGAGAGUGGAAUUCAGUUGAGUGAGUGGUUAUCACGAUAUUUGUCGAAUGCGCUA